AUGAAGUUCUUCACGGUCCUGCUGCUGGCCAGCCUAGCCUCCACCUCUCUCGCCAUCCUUGAUGAGCCAGAAGGUGAAAUUCACUCGGAGACUCAGCCUGCAGAUGCCUCUGCCCAGGUCACCCCUAGCAGCCACCCUAAAAAGGACCAUGUUUCCAAUGAAGACCUCUCUAAGGAGCCCUUCAUCUCCAAAGAAGAGUUGGUUUCCAAAGAGAAUGCUGUCAAAAGAGCAAAGAGUCAAAAGCCUAUAUCCCAAGAGGACAAUUUCAAAAAUGUUAAGCUCCAAUUAGAAGAGACUACAGAACUGGCUCCCAGGGCUGCAACCACCUCAGAGGGAAAACUUGCCAAACUGGGCCAUAAAAUCUGGAAGAAUCUGGACAAAGCAUCGAAAGGAAUCAAACUAUCUGAAAAACCUAAUCCCUAG